UAGUAAAAAUUCAAAGGAUCAUUAUUUUGAUACCUCAUAAAAAGACUAAAAGUUAAUUUAAGUUUAAAUUUAAAAUCUCGUCAAGAUGACGACUCCUGCUAAAAGACGCCUUCUCAGAGACUUCAAAAGACUGCAAGAGGACCCGCCAUCUGGUGUCAGCGGUGCUCCCAGUGAGAACAACAUCAUGCUCUGGAAUGCUGUCAUAUUUGGUCCCCAGGACACACCUUUUGAAGAUGGGACUUUCAAGCUGACGCUGGAGUUCACAGAAGAGUACCCCAACAAACCACCAGUUGUCAGAUUCACCUCCAAGAUGUUUCAUCCUAAUGUAUACGCAGACGGUAGCAUAUGUCUAGACAUCCUACAGACCAGAUGGAGUCCUACCUACGAUGUCUCAGCCAUACUCACUUCUAUACAAUCUCUUCUACAUGAUCCAAAUCCGAACAGUCCAGCGAACAACGCGGCAGCCCAGCUGUACAGGGAGAACAGGAGGGAGUAUGAGAAGAAGGUGGCCGCUGUCGUCCAGGCCAGCUGGAAUGACGAUGACGAGUGAUGCUGGUGGUCGUGAUGUGGUGAUGAAUGAAUGAAUGAAGGAAGGAAGGAAGGAAGAUGUUGUGUGCUGUUGUGAUCAGAAGGUUGAUAGUUUGAUUGGGGCGAUGGGAUGAUGAUUAGGUAAUGAUGAUGGUGAUGAUAAAAACGUGAUUGGUAAUGAAUGAAUGAAUGAAUAAACAAAUGAAUGAGUGAAUGAAUGAACGAACGGAGGAAUGAAUGAAUGAAUGCUUGGAAAACGGAAAAUGAUCAUGAACAUUAGUGAUUUGGACGGAAUAAGUAUUAAUAAUAUAUGAUAAGCUUUCGAUUGGCAUUUUGUGAUGUUAUUGUAAUAAUUGUACAUAGCAUUAGGCAAGUUAAGAGUUCAGUCUGUCUAUGUAUGUAUGUAUGUAUGUAUAUAUGUGUGUGUGUAGGUAGGUAGGUGUAUGUGUAGCUAGGUUUGCAUGUGUGUAGGUAGGUGUGUGUGUAUUUGUGUGUGUGUGAUCGAAUUUUUAUCAUUUUACUGUGCAAACCCGAAACGACGAACAAAAGUUAUCAUCAUCAUCAUUAUAACAUGGUUAUCUGAGUUGA